AAGCUUCUUUAGCAUAUGAGAUUGUUGAUUCCCCUUGCUAGAAGCACGCUAGGCGUUUGUUCAGCAACAGUCGCUCGCUGCAUUUUACGCCAGCUUACAAAACAAGUGCUAUAUUAUACGGCUAACUGUUUUCAACAGAUUGUUGAAGUUGGCAUCGUGCGCCCAUCGUCUUCUUGUAGGAAUGCGGGUCGUUAGUAGCCACGGCGUCGCCUCGGCGCGAAGCGGAGCCCAACGCAUAAAACCUACUAGCGGCAGACCAUCAUGUCGAGCUGUAAACCCGGCCACCUUCCACAUGGUUGGAUCUGUGCAUCACUGCGGUGGCUUCCAACAACCAGCCCGUGUGUGGGGCAAGCUAGUCCGCUGCCCUGCUUCCAGCGGGGACUUCGCAGAGGGAGCUGGAAGUCGUGAUUCUGAAUCCAAAGUUAUACGGCCAGCUGGUGAACGAGAACGCAGCAUGCUGGUUAACGAAGAGGUCGUUUACUUUAUAUUUCAGUUGGAUUUGGACACGCAGCUGCAGCGCUGCCUCAACUACGAGGCCUAUGAGGUGGCGCAGGAAGUGCGGAAGAAGCGGCAGCGGGUGGACGAGGCGGUUGCUGCCAUGCGCGAGCGCAAGGCCCGCAACACGGGUCAGCCGGCGGCCGGCGUGCGGCUGGGCGCUGCGGACUGGGCGGCGGAGGGGCUGCGGCUGCGCAGCGAGAUGCAGCGGGCGGUGGAGGCGGAGAACUACUCCGCUGCUGCCCGCUACCGCGACCUGCUGCGCCAGCUGGACCAGGAGACCAGGCGGGCGGCGGCGCUGGCGGCGGAGUGGGACACGGCGCCGGGGGGGGCGCCAGCCGGCCCCCGGCUGCGCCUGGGCCAGCGUGUGCUGCACCGGCAGCUGGGCUACCGCGGGGUGGUGGUGGGCUGGGACCCCGCCUGCUGCGAGAGCGAGGACUGGGCGGUGCAGGCCAAGGUGGAGGCGCUGAGGCGGGGCACUCGGCAGCCCUUUUACCAUUUGUUGGUUGACGCUCGGGACUGGGAGUACGACGCGCACCUGCCCCCGGUGGCCUACGUGGCAGAAGAGCUGCUCACAGCUCCCGAGCUGGAGUCCUCCGAGGGCGGUGUCAGGGGCGGCACUAGCAGCAGCAGCCGCAGCAGCGGCGGCGGCCGCAGCUGGUCGGAGGUGUACGGCAGCGACCCCCUGCAGCACCCGUACAUGUACAUCCUGUUCCUGGGGGUGGACGGCCGGGGCGACUGCGUGCCGUGCAGGCAGCUGCGGGACAAGUACAAUGUGGCAAGAAGAGAUGUGUACCGGCCGGGAGAGGAG